AGGAGGGGAGGUCUUUUUCGUCGUUUCUUUUGUUUGUCGAUGCGGGUUUGUUUGUGAUAUUUUGUUCUGUUCAAUUGUAUAGGUGUAGUCUGUUUUUUUCGCGUGUUUUGAUAAAUAUUAUACAUUUUAAUUAAUCGUUUUAUUCACAAUGGCCGAAGCACCAGAUAAUAGUGAACCAGUGCCGUCGUCUAGUGAAAGUGUAAUUAUUUGUAAUCCACCACAAGACGAUGAGCCAAUGCCCAAAAAACGCAGAAUCUCUGAGAAAGAGUCCGACAAGCUCGAACACAGGCUCGGGGGCAUUCUGUGCUGCGCAGUUUGCUUGGACUUGCCCCAGGCAGCCGUGUAUCAGUGUAGCAAUGGGCACCUCAUGUGUGCCCCGUGCUUUACACACUUGCUCGCGGAUGCCCGGCUGCGCGACGAGUCCGCCACGUGCCCCAACUGUCGCGUCGAGAUAUCCAAGACCUCUGCCUCCAGAAACUUGGCAGUUGAGAAAACUGUAUCUGAACUGCCCUCUGAGUGCAAGUAUUGCACUCGAGUUUUCCCCAGACACUCACUGCAGCACCAUGAAGAUAGUGCAUGUGAAGAGCGGCAAUACAAGUUCGCGCAAAUCGUAGUGAACUGUGGCGCGAAGCCCCGAUACAUGGAUAGUUUGGUUCGCAUUGUGUCGAGCGUGUACGCGCUGCUGGUGGGCGCGUUGCGAAGGUCCCACCUCGUGUCCGAGGAGCCGCGGCCGCCGGCCAAGCGCCGUAGGUACCGCAGUGUUGCGGUGCGUGUGUGCGGCAGGCUGACGGGCUGCCGGUACGCGUGCAUCGGGUGCGGGUGGCGCGGGCCGGCGCACGAGGCGGCGGCGCACGAGGCGGCGUGCGCGGCGCCGCGCCGCUCGGCCGCCGACGUGGUGCCGCUGCUGGCCGAGCACGAGCGCCGCGCCGCCGCCGCGCUCGCCGUGCACCGCCAGCUGCUCGACCUGCUCUCCUGCGAACAGAUCACCAUCAACGACCUGCAGCUGAAGCCGUACCGCACGGAGGAGUUCGUGCACAAGCUGUACUACGAGACAUCAAGGUUCAACGCGUUCAACCUGCAGUGGGUGGUGAAGGCGUUCGUGAACAAGAACCAGCGCGACCCCACGCAGAGCACGGAGCGUGAGAUCACGUACCAGGUGAUCCUGAAGAGCAAGCCGUCGGUGGCGGUGAGCGUGCAGUGGGUGUGGCUGCGCGGCCCGUACGGCGAGGCGCGCGUGGAGCCGCGGCUGGCCGCGCACGCCUUCCACGAGGCCGAGCCCGACGCGCCGCCGCUGCCGCUGCCGCUGGCCGACCCCGGCGACGCCAACCGCCUGCUCGCCAACAAGGCCAUCCACCUCAGACUGACCAUGUUUUUGACAUCGAAGUGAUGUGCCGAUGACACGACGCCGGCUUUAGACUCGCCCAACUGGUCUGCCGAUCUCUGCAUCCCCUCAUGUAACCAAAGACGAAUGCGUUGUAUCCUUGUGUAACGUAUGCUACGCCACGCUCGCACUCGUACCAAGUGAAAUCUGUUUAUAAUUAUAUUACAUUUAAUAUGAUUAGAUAAAUAAAUAAAAUAAAUAAUAAAUUAUUCGUACGGUCACGGCAUACAAUGGGCCACCCAUCCAGGAAGUGGAGAAAAAACCGAACAAACAAACAUACUCAAGUAUUCUGCAUCAAAAUAGAUAUUAAAUUAUAAUAACUAAUUGAACACACCAUGUGAUAAAGUGGAAUAUACUAAUAUGCAUUUUUUAUAUACAUACAUACAUAUCUGUCACGCCUGUCUCCCAUUAGGGUAGGCAGAAACAAUGGAACGCCAAAUGCUUCGAUUCAAACAAACCUCUUUCGCUUCUUCCAUAUUCAUCAAUCUUUUCAUACACGCUCGCCGGUUACGGGUACUUUUAAUUUGGCCCUUCUUCAGCACGUCGCCUAUUUGGUCGACAUGCGUCCGUCUAGGGCGGCCCCUACCGACAUCUCCAUUUAUUUUCGUUCAUUCAUUUAUUAUCUCCAUACAUUUCGUGCUCGAUAAAUCUCAUUCGUAAUUCUUCUUUCAUCCAUUCUUUCCAAAUGCUCAAACCAAGGUAACAUCGCUUCUUCCACAUUUAACAAUUUUUUAUACACGCUUCUUUUAUAUAUAUAUAUAUAUAUAUAUAUAUAUAUAUAUAUAUAUAUAUAUAUAUAUAUAUUUGAUUUAUUCUGAUUUAUUUACUCGCUUAAUUAUACAAUUAUUUAUCGAUUAUUGAAAAAUCUGCAUCAUUUUCAUCUUUCCAACUUUGUAAUAGCUUAAAUACACAAAAUGGUUUUUAAAUAAGUAAUUUACACAUACACAUUUCCUAUAUGCGACACUAUGUCGUGAACACUCUAUUUACACCAUGUACAAAAUGUACAUUUACAUAUUUGUCGUUCGUCGCGGUUUUGCUCGCGUGGAACAUAUUUAUUUCGUGGCGGAAUUCCGAUCAUCAAAUAUCAAAACAUCUUGAGAGUGUUCAUUUACGUUUUUGAGGAUUUUCCUUGAUUUUUCAUAUUUCGUAUUGUUCGUUGCUUAACAGUCGGUGUUGGGAGUAAUUCUAGAUAUCUUUACGCCAAACCUCUUGCGAGAUAAGCAGGGAGAAUAGAUUUUUCCCUAAGAAGAUAUUACAUAAUCUCAUUCAUAACGUGACGCUGCUAUAUACUUAGUUGUUGAUUUCGCUAGGAUCGUUGCGAGCGUGGCCUUGCGUGUUCACCAAACAUCAAAACACCAAUAUUUCCCCAUGGUAAUAUGUAUUUUAUUUUUCGACGUGCCCUGUAUAAAUAUUUCAGGCUAAAUUUAUACAACAACCCCAUUAAGAAAUGUAAUGUAAUGCGAUCUCUUGUCAAAUUUGACGAGUAUUUUUUAUUGCUGAAUUAUGUUAAUUGAAAACUUCAUUCCAGUCAUUGUGCACAGAUCGUGUUUGUAUUAAUAUUAAUAGAAUAAAUUUUUGAAUAAUAAAAAUUGGACAGGAAAUUUGGAUGUUAUGAUUCUUAGUAAACUGUUUUACAGAACAAGGUGUCAUUUUGCGGAAGUCCAAAUCACUAGUUGACUAUAAUUAUUUUGUUUAAUUCCGCUACCAAUUCUUAGCGAGUUUAAAAAUUACUGUUUGUUCAAAUAAACGACAAGAACAACUUAAAAAUGUAGAAAUCUUAAGCUGGCGACUGACUUGUUUAUUUGGAUGUAGUAAUAUGUUACAACGUGCGAGUAGUUGGUACAGCUCAGAACUAGAGAUAGACCUAAACUUUUAUCGUAAUUUACUCAUUGUAAUACGAGUGUGUAGAUUACGAUGCCUAUAUUUUUAAGACCGUCUCUUAGACGAUUGUCAAACGAAUGCAUCGAUACAUUCGUUAUCGUUAUGGUAUGCAUGAGAUAGAACGAGACAGCGACAUAUAAUUUUUUCUCACGUGAGCGUUAACGAGAACGUAUUUAUUUAUCUAUUGAUUUGUUCAUCAUAUGUCCAAAGGGUCUGGUAUUUUAGGCUCGGUUUGUACUAUGUUACUCGAAUAUUCACAUUGUAAUGUUACAUUACGUUCAAUCGGCACAGGUCAGGCGCCAGCUUUACGAAUAUUUCGUCGCAGUCGUAGAAUACUGACGGAUCUUCAUAUGUAAUAUUUGUCAGAUCCGUCAGUAUUCUACGACUAUGACGAUAUAUACGGAAUUCCAAAUAAGUGUUCGAGAUUAUUGUUGAGUACAAAUUAAUAUUGAUUUUGAGACGGCGAUUGUAAAUAUUGUAAUAUGGAGUGUCGUCUCGCUGAAAUGUAUUUGUCCUGUGUGACGUGUGUAACACGCUUUCUGUCGCUCUCUUUAAUUAUUGUACAUUUAAAAAUUAAAAGUUUGAUUCGAAAGAGAGAAAAAGAAACUCCCUGUUAGUUUGUUGAUGAUUAAUUAAUGUUGAUCUAAACUGAAAUUUCCUAGAUAUUAUAUGGAAUGUUUAAACGAACUUCCUGGUGCAAUGGUGCAUUGCUUUGUGUAAAUGACGGUCCAAUUCGAUUCCCAGUCGGGUCAAUUUCUGGUCUCUUCUAGUAGCAUUCUGGUUUGAAAAGGAUACUUAUUAUUAGGCUGGAAUUUACUUGAAAGUAGGGUGAAGGAGGGGUGGGGAUUGAACCCGGGCGCGGUGAAACAUCCAGUAUAUUAAUCUUUAUUAAUAUUAUAAACGUGAACGUGUUUGUUUAUUUGUUACACAGCGCUUUAACGGCUCGACCAGUUUACUUUUUAUACUGCUCAGUGAACAUAUCCCGGUCACACGAAUGAAGUCGCGGGUAAAAACUAGUUUUUUUUUUAUGGGUGAAAAUGGUAUGGUAACCCCGCCUGCGCUAACGGGAUACGCUGGCGGAGCACCAGUGAAGGGUGAUAGAUGAGAAUGAAAGCAGGCCAGUUAGCACAUCAUGAUGAAUUCAUCAGGAAUUAACUAUGAUAGUUUCCAGGGAGAACCGCCAGGAGUUUGCUAGCAAUGGGAUUCUCCGUCUCCAUUACUAACAAUCCCUUUCCCCUCCGGUAAAAACUAGUUAUAACUUUAGGUCUCAUUCCUUCACAAUUUUGUCGCAUUAAAAUGUCCUCAAAGAUAGUCGCAUAAGAAACUGUUUGUUAUUGCCACAGUGCUAAGCACCCAUCCUGAACCGUAUUAGAUAAAACAACUUUCUAAAUUGACUUCGAUCGAGAAUUAAACAUCACACCCCAUUUACCUGUUACCACUACUGCUAGUCUACCGCUGCACCACGAGGGUCGUCAAUUUUAAAAUGUAUGUUUUAAUGUAAUUAAUUGUGUGUAUGAACGUGUGAUUAUAUAACUUUAUUAGUUUUACGAAUUAACGACGCCAGAGUGUUUUAGAUCAAAAAAUGAUAUAAUAAUAUUUUAAAUGACAACACCGUGCGGCCAGGUGUGCUAUGAAUUAGUAGAAUUUUUAUCAUAUUUGUUAACCUUUAUUUUGGAAUUCGAUAAUAAAUAAUGAAUUAAGUUAUUGACUUGA